AUGGCCAGACGUAAAGCUCAAAUCAAUAAUCUGUUUAUAUGUACCGUUAUAUGUUUGUCAAUUAUAGCGGCCGUUGAAUAUUUCAAGUACGGUACUAGGAUCAAUUACGAAUGGUUCCAUUGCACACCGGUCGUCGAAAAGAUUGGUACACCAGAGAGCUCAGUGAUUAUGCUCUCAUCUCGUGGGGGUCCUAGCUGUGAUAAGAGAGGCGAGUUCAAGACUAUUGUUAAGAGAAUCUCUAGGGAUUUCGAACCAAACAAUGAACAUUUAUCCUUCUGUAUAAAGGAGAAUUUGGAGGUCCCACCAGUGCAUUAUCCAAUCCAUGAGAAUAAAGGCCUACCAGGCUACAUUGCGUAUGCUGGUUAUGACAAGGAUUACAGUUUAGUUAAGGAGAUGUGCGCUGAUACACAAAUUUAUCACUUUUAA